UUCAGGAAGCAAUGCAACAUGGCUACUACCAAACGAGUGCUUUAUGUUGGUGGUCUAGCGGAGGAGGUGGAUGAAAAAAUUCUGCAUGCUGCUUUUAUUCCAUUUGGAGACAUAACAGAUAUUCAGAUACCGCUGGACUAUGAGACUGAAAAACACAGAGGAUUUGCUUUUGUAGAAUUUGAGCUUCCUGAGGAUGCGGCAGCAGCUAUUGAUAACAUGAAUGAGUCAGAAUUAUUUGGAAGAACUAUCAGAGUAAAUCUGGCUAAACCCCUAAGGUUAAAAGAAGGUUCUUCAAAAGCCGUUUGGUCAGAUGAUGACUGGCUGAAGAAAUUUUCUGGGAAAACUUUGGAAGAGACUGAAAAUGUUGAAGGGACAGAAGCACCAAAAUCCGCAGCACAGGAGGGAGAACCACCCCCCAAAAAAAUAAGGGCAAAUCCUCAGGUCUAUAUGGACAUCAAGAUUGGGAAUAAGCCUGCUGGUCGUAUACGAUUUUUGCUACGGGCAGAUAUUGUACCAAUGACUGUAGAGAACUUCCGCUGUCUUUGCACCCAUGAAAAGGGCUUUGGCUACAAGGGCAGCAGCUUCCACAGAGUAAUCCCACAGUUUAUGUGCCAGGCUGGAGACUUUACCAAUCACAAUGGCACAGGGGGGAAGUCUAUCUAUGGAAGGAAGUUUGAUGAUGAAAACUUCAUCUUAAAACACACAGGACCAGGUUUGUUGUCCAUGGCAAACUCUGGAACCAACACUAAUGGAUCACAGUUUUUCAUCACCUGUGAUAAGACAGACUGGCUGGAUGGAAAACAUGUGGUGUUCGGAGAGGUGAUGGAAGGGAUUGAUGUUGUUCGGGCAAUAGAGGCUGUAGGUGGCAAGGAUGGAAAAGCGAAGCAGAAAGUUAUCAUCUCUGAUUGUGGGGAAUAUGUAUAAAGAUGCUUUUUACCCAUGUAGUAAUGUGCUUGUGCUGAAGAUGAAUGCUGGAUUGGAUGAACUGGCACAAUGCUUUUUCAUUUCAUUCAAUGGACACUUUUUUUUUUUUUUUUUCUUCUCCUUUUUAAUAUAUUUUUCAUAAUUAAAUAAGUUUUUUUUUUCUAA